CUUUCCAAAUCAUUCUUCCCCGGUUCUUCUGCGAGUUUUCUGUUAAAUCUAAAUCCUCGGAAUCUCUGAGGUUUUCUUGAUGAUUCUAUUCUUUAAUUUCUUAACCUAGCUUUUUCAAUUCAUCUUCGGCUUCAAUGGGGACCCCGGAGUUUCCAGAUCUGGGGAAACACUGCUCCGUUGAUUAUUGCAAACAGAUCGAUUUCUUGCCCUUCACAUGCGAUCGAUGCAUCCAGGUGUUUUGUUUGGAUCAUCGUAGCUAUAUGAAACACGCUUGUCCGAAAGGAAACAGAGGAGAUUUAACGGUCGUUAUAUGUCCAUUAUGUGCUAAAGGAGUUCGGUUAAACCCUGACGAAGAUCCAAACAUCACUUGGGAGAAACACGUGAACACAGAUUGUGAUCCAUCAAACUACGAGAAAACUUUCAAAAAGAAGAAAUGUCCUGUUCCAAGAUGCAGAGAGUCGCUAACUUUCUCCAACACUAUAAAAUGUCGAGAUUGUACCAUCGAACAUUGCUUGAAACAUCGGUUUGGACUUGACCAUGGUUGUGCUGGACCUAAGAAGCUUGAUUCGAGUUUCUCAUUCAUGGGUUUCUUGAGUUCAACAAACACCAAAGAAGCUCCCACAUCAUCAUCUUCAAGAUGGUCUAGUCUUUUAGCUUCGGCGGAAGCGAGUAUCAGAGAACUCGGUAACGAUAUUAGCCAGAAGUUACAGUUUUCGAGUGGCGGCGAUGGUAAUUUAGAGAGGAAUGGGAAACAGAACGGUGGUAAAGUUACGGUUGAUGUUUGUCCGAAAUGCAGCAAAGGAUUUCGCGAACCGGGGGAUCUAUUGAAGCAUAUUGAUAAAGAUCAUCGUGGUACUUCUAUAGCUUAGAGAAAGCAUGUAAGUAACAUGAUUAAAAUAUUUGUGUGAUUGUAACAUUUUUGCUGGUGUUGUUGGAACAUUCUUUGAGAUUGGCUUUCGCUUGUUCGGGUUAUGUUUUCUGGUUUAUGAAAGCAGGAACAUGUUAAGAUUUGAUACAUA